AUGCAACAAUCUUUGGCAUACCUCUCUUUAGGUUUGGUCGUAUUAUGUGUUUUUACACAGGCUUUAUCACUUCGUCAACCAGAAAUUGAUCGUCAAAGACGAGCCGUCACUGAAGAGAAUCAAGAACAGCUAAAUGCUGAACAAGACCAAGCUCAAGGUAACAAAGAAGUUACACAGAUGACUCCUUCUAUUAGCACCACGGCUUCCAGUGAUGUCAAAUCAGAAGAAGACGGAAAGAAAAAUUCAUUUGAAGAUGCACCUUGGUAUCAGCAGUGCAAAGCAAAUAUGGAAUUCUAUUCUAAUCAACGAAAACCAGAGGAUAAAUCGGAAAAUAUGCCGAUUUUAAGUUCUGGAAUGGCUUUAACGCAUUUGGUUUUCAAAAAUCAUCGUGGUACAAACGUCGAAUUGUUUAAAACUCAAAAUGGUAUGGGUCAGGAGCCACAACUUGUUGCAACCUUAGCACCUGGACAAACACACGAUGAAUAUUUACUGGAUGGCUGGGCGGGUAACUUCUCAAAUGGUGCGCCCGGAAAAAAUACCUUGUUUGAAAUAAGUAUACGAACGGAUGAUAAAAAUCAAAUUUACUAUGAUUUGAGCAAUGUUGAUGGAAGUGAUGGAGUAAUGAGUGUUCAAGCUCCGGAUGGGUCAUCUCUUCAAUCUCCGAAAGAUGCUUAUCAAUACUCGACAGAUGAUACAAAAACUCAUGGCGAUGGAGGCCAAACUGGAGCAUACGUCAUCGGAUUUCAUUGA